AUGGACGUUCAAGCAGAAGGUGCCACGUUCGACGGUAUCGUGCAAUACGUGUUGAAGAACAUGAGGAUCUCGCAGUCGCGAGCUGGGUGCUUGGUCAUGGAGGUGCUCAAGACUGGAGUCGCUCUGGGGACGAUCAAAAGGACACCGCGAGGCACAUACGUCCUGGUGGCGGACAAGCCUGGACCCAUCAUUCACAAAAUAAAGGAGCCAAGAUUCAGCGAUGACAGCGACGACGAGAUCUCCUCUGACGACAGCUUUUAA